CUGCCUUGGGCACCAACCAGUGUAGCCAAACCACCUCUCUUUCUAUCUCAUACACACACACACUCUCUCUCCUCCCUCGGGCACACCAACCAUAGCAGCAAACCUUCUCUCUCUCCAAGCUCUCUAGCUAGCUAGUUUGCAAAGACCAAGUUCCCAUGGCUCCAAGCCUAAGCAAAAAUGCCCCAGACGUAAUGGGGCUCCUUGACAGCAAUAUAACCUUGUCCAUAACCCUAGAAGGAUCAAACUUUCUAGCUAAUGGCCACCCAGUCCUCACUGAAGUCCCUUUGAACAUCAUAGCCACACCAUCACCCUUUACCACUUCAGACAAGACCAAGAACACAGUUGGCUGCUUUGUUGGGUUUGAUGCCGACGAGCCAAAGAGCCAGCAUGUUGUUCCCAUAGGCAAGCUCAAGAACAUAAGGUUCAUGAGUAUAUUCAGGUUCAAAGUCUGGUGGACUACCCACUGGAUUGGAAGCAAUGGCAAAGAUAUAGAGAAUGAAACCCAGAUGGUGAUUUUAGACAAGAAUGACUUGGGGCGCCCCUAUGUUCUCUUACUUCCACUCAUUGAAGGUCCAUUCAGAGCUUGUCUCCAACAUGGUGUCGAUGACUAUGUGGAAAUGUGUGUGGAGAGUGGGUCCACAAGUGUAUGUGGGUCCAGCUUCAAAAGCUCUUUGUACAUGCAUGUAGGUGAUGAUCCAUUUGGUCUUGUUAAGGAGGCUAUGAAGGUUAUUAGGUUCCAUCUGGGGACCUUUAAGCUUCUUGAAGAGAAAAACCCACCAGGUAUAGUAGACAAAUUUGGUUGGUGUACAUGGGAUGCGUUUUAUCUUAAGGUGCACCCCAACGGGGUUUAUGAUGGGGUCAAGGGCUUAGUGGAAGGUGGGUGCCCACCAGGCAUGGUCUUGAUUGAUGAUGGAUGGCAAUCAAUUUCACAUGAUGAGGACCCCAUCACUGAUCAAGAUUGCAUGAAUCGAACGGCUGCAGGUGAACAAAUGCCAUGUAGGCUAGUAAAAUAUGAUGAAAAUUAUAAAUUUAGGGACUAUCAAAGUCCUAAGGUCCCUAAAAAUAAAGGGAUGGGUGGGUUUAUUAGAGAACUUAAAGAUGAGUUUAGUAGCAUAGAACAUGUGUAUGUUUGGCAUGCACUUUGUGGAUAUUGGGGUGGGGUUAGACCCAAUGUUAAGGGCAUGCCUGAGUGUAAGGUCAUUACUCCUAAGUUGUCACAGGGAUUGCAGAUGACAAUGGAAGAUUUGGCUGUGGACAAGAUUGUGAACAAUGGAGUUGGGUUGGUACCACCGGAGCUAGUCCACAAGAUGUAUGAGGGGCUUCACUCUCAUCUUGCGUCAGUGGGAAUUGAUGGUGUGAAAGUUGAUGUCAUUCACUUGCUUGAGAUGUUAUCUGAGGAAUAUGGUGGCAGAGUUGAGCUAGCCAAAGCUUAUUACAAGGCCUUGACUGCUUCUGUGAAGAAACACUUCAAAGGGAAUGGUGUCAUUGCUAGCAUGGAACACUGCAAUGACUUCAUGUUCCUUGGAACAGAAGCCAUAACACUUGGACGAGUUGGAGAUGAUUUUUGGUGCACUGACCCGUCGGGGGAUCCAAAUGGUACAUUUUGGCUACAAGGGUGUCACAUGGUACAUUGUGCCUAUAAUAGCUUGUGGAUGGGAAAUUUUAUACAUCCAGAUUGGGACAUGUUCCAAUCCACUCAUCCUUGUGCUGAAUUCCAUGCUGCAUCUCGAGCGAUUUCUGGUGGACCAAUUUAUGUAAGUGACUCUGUUGGAAAACACAACUUUAAGUUACUCAAAAGCCUAGUGUUGCCAGAUGGGUCUAUUCUGCGAUGCCAAUACUAUGCACUUCCUACUAGAGAUUGCCUAUUUGAAGACCCCUUACAUGAUGGGAAAACAAUGCUCAAGAUUUGGAACCUUAACAAAUACUCGGGAGUUUUAGGACUUUUCAACUGUCAAGGAGGGGGGUGGUGCCCUCAAUCCAGGCGAAACAAGAGUGCCUCACAAUUUUCACACUUAGUGACCUGUGAUACUAGUCCUAAAGAUAUUGAAUGGAACAAUGGAAAGCACCCCAUUUCCACAAAAGGGGUGGAUAUAUUUGCAGUCUAUAUGCUCCAAGAAAAGAAGCUGAAGUUGUUGAAGUCAUCAGAGACAUUGGAGAUUUCACUUAAGCCAUUUUGUUUUGAGCUUCUUAUUGUUUCUCCAGUGACAGUCUUGCCCAAACAAAUAAUCCAAUUUGCUCCAAUUGGAUUAGUCAACAUGCUGAACUGUGGUGGUGCAAUUCAGUUAGUUGAAUUUGAUGAUGAUGAGAAUUUGGUAAGAGUUGGAGUGGGGGGAAGUGGAGAAAUGAGAGUGUUUGCAUCAGAGAAACCUAUGAGUUGCAAGAUUGAUGGAGUAGGUGUGGAAUUUAGUUAUGAAGAUAAGAUGGUCACAGUGCAAGUUCCCUGGCCUAAUUCCUCAAGAUCAUCCCUUGUUGAGUACUCAUUUUGAGUUCAUGGUGCAAUCGCUGGAGUUCAACAUUGAAAGCGUGGUUAAAUUUACUGCUAACUUUUUUCCCCACUUUCUCUAGAAAGAGCAAGUGCUUUUGUUGAUUUUCAAUGACCUUCAAACUUAUGAAAAUAACGUUUUCCCUGCAAGUCAUAUUAUCAUUACAAUUGUUUGCUAAUAUGCUUGGAGACUAGGAUAAGAUGCCAUAAGGGGACACGUGUUUGAUGUUAUAGGACUGUGUAGCAACAUGGCCUAAAAAAUUUGGAUUGUAUCUUGUAACUUGUUCAUGUCUCCACACUUUCAAAUAUGUUUAGCUUGCUAGUGU